CCCACCCCGCUCGUCGUUCCCUCCCACUCCCCUUCCAGCUCCUCUUCUCCCGUCUCCUACAGGGCACGGAGCUUGUCGUCCACGUCCAUCCAGGCCUCUCCCUCGUCCUCAGACCAUGGCAGAUACCGACAUCGUGGGUGUGCUGAAGCAAGCAGCAGAGGAAGCGGCCGUCCCCAACGAUGUUCGCCAAUUGAGAGCAUGCCUCAAGUGUCAUUUGGUCCUGCCUGCUCGGCAGUUUGACAGGCAAGGCUGUGCCAACUGUGGGACCCGUGAGAACUAUGCGGACGAAUACUGUACCGUGAACUUCACAGGAAUAUCCGCCAUCACCCAACCUCAACACAGCUGGGUCUCUCGAUGGCUGGACAAACAGGAUCUCAAGCCUGGAUGCUACGCGCUGGAAGUUGCCGGGGACGCGGCAGCAGAUGCUGGAGGCGAUGACGAGGACUGAAGUGCUUGUUCGUCAUCUGCUGCUCACCUUAUCAGGUCCAGCAACAGGCAAGUGCUCGUCUCCUCCACGUCCAGUCCAUCCCCGUCCCAACGUCCUGGAGCCGAUCCUAGCAGGCCUCGAACGCUUGUUUGUUUCUCUUGAUGAAAGGUAAAACGUCGCCAUGCUGAA